AUGCUUACUAGAUAUGGCAUGUGCGUGAAGCCUACUGGCCCAGUGAUUGAUGGAGUGCGGGUUGGUAAAAAUUGUUGAGAUAUAUUUCUUGUUACAAUGUGUUAACGCUGAACGAGAACAGACAUGCAGACAUGAUGGAUCUCUACUAACUUUAUUUUCACGGGAUACUCUACGUAACGUAACGUAACGUAACGUAACCUAACCUAACCUAACCUAUACCUAGCUACAUAUUUACCUGCCUCUUUGUUUCAAGGUGGGUGUUUUCAACAGUUGUAAUGCGACAGACACGUGGAGUUGGACUGCCCAAGGAUCAUUGCAGUACAAAAAGAAAAUGUGUCUUAAGCCUGAAACUGGGUCAAAUCGGCAGAGAGGUAUAAAGCUCGUGCUUGACUCGGUCUGUGAUGAACGACCAAACUUCUUCGAAUUUGUGCCCAGUAAGUAUCUCUCCGUGCUUUAUAUAACUGGACUAUCUCAUGUGAAUUGUCAAAGGGAAAAGUAAAAGGUGAUGGCAAUCUGUAUGCCAUUUACAUGCCAAAGGAAAGUGGUUGUGAGUCACAUACUUUUAAAAUUAACUAACUUUAUAUAUUUUUAAAUAAUAUAUAAACUGUUGUUUGUAGAAAUCCGGUAAGGACCGUUCCUUAUUUGUUCAGUGUUACUACCGAGUACCCGAGAAAACCUGCGCUGUUUGGUAGAGUCAAACCAUGGAUAAUGUUUUUGUGAUUCAUGGUCAAACAGAAGCACUCUUCCCACAUUGGAACUAAGGGAAAUUAAAAUCCAACACCUGCAUAUUGCAGAAAGAAUGUCAACAUGCACCAAACACUGUGCCGCUAAAUCUGUACACUUAGCUUCACUUUCCUGCAGGCUCCCUUAAAUCUAGUCUCUCCAGCUUUUCAGGCUUAACCAACAUCACGUUUCUCAUUUUAGCAUCUGGUUGGUAUUUCUACAUCGAUACCGCGUCACCAGGGCAACCGAACGACACAGCUCGAUUGAUCUCGCCAUCGACAACAGAAGCCAAAUCUUGUCUCCUCUUUUUUUAUCACAUGUACGGCCCUGAAGUGGAUAAACUUCAGGUAUUUCUUUUUGGACCAGGAACUGGUCCCCAAUCGCUGCUAAUUUUGUUGUUAUUGUUGCUGUUACUGUUGUUGUUGUUGUUGUUGUUGUUAUUGUUGUUGUUGCUGUUACUGUUGUUGAUGUUGUUACUGUCGUUGUCGUUGUCGUUGUUGUUGGGGGGACGCUCUUCCAAAAAACCUAAAGCCCAUUUUCCAUUAGGCGAAUUUUUUCGCGCGAACAGUAAAAAAGUAGGAACUGUCUAAAUUUUUGGCGGCGAAUUAUUUCGCUGACCAAUCACAUUGCCAAGAUUUGUUUUUCGCUUCGCGCGAGCAAAUUCGCCUAGUGGAAAAUGGGCUUAAGGCUCCUUCAUUUUGAGUCCAAUCGUCAUAAAAUUUGACACGAUGAUUUUAAACGAUAUUUCUCAUUGAUUGACGGUGUCCGAUUUUUUAUUUUCGAUUUAGGGGCAACGUACAAGCAAUUCUUGUCUGUACGCGUAGGAUUAUGAUAUGCAUAUCACUAAUAUUUACAGACAACAUUCGACAUUGACAAACAUUCGACAACUUAGACGAUUAGCUCAGUGCGGAAAUUCCUGAUGCGUGGGCACAUCACUCAUGGUUACCUAAAAUGUACAUGAAAGCAAGUGGUUAUGAUUUAAUUUUCACAUCGUUGCGACAUUUAUUAAGGAAUCGGGAAAAAAAGUCAGGGUUGUCACGUUGAAGACGUAGUAAAUCUACAGUGCUUUGUUUAGAUAUUAUUUAAAAUUUAGCUUUUGCGUUGGCCUUGUCACAUGUUAAUGACCACGGUCAAAAGCCGUUAAUCACUCAAAUAAUGAGUUCUAAUUCUUUUAUGAAAACUGAUUGCUAUUUUGUGUUCGGAAAAAUGUCUGGCCAAUUUGGCAUUUGAUCAGCAAAACUGUAAUUUGGUCGGGAAAUGUCCGACUGCUAUUUCAGGCUCUUCUAUCGUGAACUGAAACACAUUCAUACACUGAUAAAUAUAUAUGUAUAAUUUCAGGUCUACGUAAAAUCUGGGGGUAAGAUGGAUUCAGUGUGGAGUCGUUCUGGAGACCAGGGUGACAAAUGGUAUCAAGCACAAGUGGCUGUGAACAAUCAAACGGCGUCAUAUCAGGUGAGCAUGUUGAUCAGUGAGCACCAAACAUAACUGAAUCCAAAGACAGCAGAUGGUGGUUAGGUGGGUAUAGAAUUAGAAAUACCUGCUUGUUCAAGUGAUAGAUAUUUUUGAAGUUGAUCUACCGUUAACGGAAACGACAGCACUUUUCCACUUUUCUUGCAGUAUGUAAUCGAAGGUGUACGUGGUAAAGGUAUCUUUGGAAAUAUUGCAAUUGAUGAUAUCUCUGUCAUGGAUUCAUGUCCUCCGAGAGGUAAAUCACGUGUGUACUAAUAGCUAUGUAGGCCAAAGUACCAUCAAUCUUUGACAAAAUAGAGUUGGAAAGCUGUGUUUCUUCGUAGUUCUCCUUCGGUGCCACGUAUAGUUUAUAACGUAGUUUUACCAUUUUAGAAAAUCAACCUAGUAAACAGACUUCGAUAGAUAAUAAUGGUGAGUGAAAAGGUGACAAGUUUCUUUUGUCUUUUCCUCAUGAAUUGUUAAUGAGUUUUUAACAACAUUUACAGUUUCCACUACACCUGCAAUUUCACCAUCUCAAACUAGCUCUGAAGGCAAGUGCGGUUUUUGUCAAAUUAUACCUAAUGAUGUAUUGUACAUAUUAAUGUAUAUAGUUUUUAUGUUGUUGUUUUGUAGUGUACGGUGAAGUUAUGUAUACUGUUUGUGGUCCGGUGUGUUUUGUGUAGUGAAAGGUGGAGGUUGGGGGGGGGGGGAGGCUAAUCGUCCUUGCUUGUAGGAAGCAUGACCAAUGUGGGAGACUCUGGCUGCCCAAGGUGGCCAGGUUAGAAUAAAAGGGUUAACUUUUUGAAAACCAGAGUACCCGGCCCGGAGAAAACCCUCGAAGAACAGCAGAGGAGUAACCACAACUCUACUUUAAAUGACUGAGUUUUCAAACCUUCAACAGCAGGCUAAAAUAACUUUUUUAUACUUUUUAUUCACAUAAUCAAUUUGGAUUCAAUUUACCCUAUACAAUGAAGUAUUAAAACUUAUUUUGUUCAGACAAGGGAACAACGGAUGAUUCUAGCAGAAUCAUUAUCAUAGCGACAACAGUGGGUGCUGGCGUAUUUCUUAGCAUUGUGCUUAUCGUCUUAUUGGUAAAAUACAAACGACGGAAGCGGGCUUCAAAAUUAACAACUCCUGUCAAUAUUCCACUGGAGACGAAUGAAACUUCGCCAGAACCAUUGCCAGUUGAUGAGGUAAUUAAAUGAUUUAUGGUCAUGGUGUUGGUGACACAGUGAAUAAUUAUUACAUAUGGGCUUCUAGGAAGAACCAUUUCGAACUGAUAGCGCUUUCCAAUUAAUAAAAAAAGUUAGUUUAAAUUUCUUUCUGUAGUAACGUAACAUACUGGAUCAAUAAGAGAUAACUCUUACUGGACCUGUAGGAGAAACAGUUUCGAUCUGAAAGAGUUAUCCAAAUUAAAUUUAAAUAUAGUUCUAGUUUAGGUUUCCUCCUGUAAUAACGCUGGAGGAAUAACAGAUGUGCCUUAUUGAACCUCUAGAACUGUUAGAGCUACAGCAUCUAGUAUAAGUAAAGUUAUUUUUUAUGUACUCGAACUUCCGGUUCCUCCAGUGUUUCUAAAGAAACCCCAACUGUUAGAAAUUAGUUGUGAAGAACCUGGGAAGCACGUAUAACGUGAGCCUCUGCCUCGGGUAAAUUGGGCAACCACACCCUGUGUGUAAUCGUCAUUAAAUAAAUCAUAAUCAUUCUUAUCAAAAAACAGGAGGCAGUUUACGAAACUGUCCAGAACGUUGAUCGAGAGUUUUACGAAGACGUCGCCGCAAAUGCAAACGAGUCUGAAGACAUAUCAGCUGAAGGUCAGUGAUAUCACAGAUUAUAGAUAUUAAUAAUAAUGCGGUUCUACUCCAGACCUGCUGUAUUCGAAAAAAUUUUGUCACCCGAUAUAGUAUCUUGUAUGGAAUUAGAUUACGUCAUCAUAUAUUAGUGUCACUGUGCUGUCAAACUAGUGUGAUUCUGUUGUUAGUUAGUCAAAUUAACCACAUUUUAUUAUUGGUUAGUUAUAAUGUGUAGCAUUAGUCACACGACCACAUUAGCUAUGCCGUAAUAUUGUCGUUUUAAAUAAAUGCUAUUAUUAUUAUUAUUAUUAUUAUUUUAUUAUUAUUAUUUUAUUAUUAUUAUUAUUAUUAUUAUUAUUAUUAUUAUUAUUAUUAUUAUUAUUAUUAUUAUUAUUAUUAUUAUUAUUAUUAUUAUUAUUAUUAUUAUUAUUAUUAUUAUUAUUAUUAUUAUUAUUAUUAUUAUUAUUAUUAUUAUUAUUAUUAUUAUACGAUCAUAAGCGUGAAGGAGUUUGUAUAUCUGAUACAGCAUAUUUCUGUAUCAGAUAUACAAACUCCUUCACGCUUAUGAUUUCUUUUGUGUUUUCUUCAUGAAUUAUUAAUGAGUUUCGCAAAUAUUAAUAUCUAGCAUUGGUAUGUAUGUGUUAUAUUUGCUCAUUCUAAGAAGAAAUGUAAAAUAUCUUGGUUGAAAAGAAACCUAUCUUGAUAAUUGUGUUCACUGUAGAACAAAGAUGAAAGUUGAUAAGAGGUAAUGAAGGUUCAAACUCUCACUCGUGUUUUACCGCCAAUUGUCGUCGACUCUCGUGCACUCUCAUCAACUCUCAUCAACUUUGAGCUGGAUCAAAUUUUGAGUAGAGUUCAUCAGAGUUUUUGUUGCGCUUGGUAAUAUCCAGUUAACUCUCAUCAGCGUUCAUCUGGUUCUAAUUUUGAGUAGAGUUCAUGAAAGUUUUUGUUGCGCUUGGUAAUAUCCAGUUAACUCUCAUCAGCGUUCAUCUGGUUCAAAUUUUGUGCAGAGUUCAUGAGAGUUUUUGUUGUGCUUGGUAAUAUCCAGUUAACUCUCAUCAGUGUUCAGUUGGUUCUAAUUUUGAGUAGAUUUCAUGAGGUUUUGGUUGCGCUUGGUAAUAUGCAGUUAACUCUCAUCAGUGUUCAGUUGGUUCUAAUUUUUAGUAGAUUUCAUGAGGUUUUGGUUGCGCUUGGUAAUAUCCAGUUAACUCUCAUCACUGCUGAUCUGGUUCUAAUUUUGAGUAGAGUUCAUGAGAGUUUUUGUUGCGCUUGGUAAUAUGCAGUUAACUCCCAUCAGUGUUCAGCCAGUUCAAAUUUUGAGUAGAGUUCAUGAGAGUUUUUGCUCAAAUUUUGAUGAAAGUUGAUGAGAGUUCUCGCUACGUGCUGUAAUAUCCAGUCAACUCUCAAGCAAUUGUUGUUCUUACCGUGCAGACUCUCACUGGCCAACUCUUAUCAGAUCUCAUUCUGUUUGACCAGGGUUUAUAAUCUUUUGUUUCUAAAGGCAGGACAUCAUAUCACGAAGAGGUUGAAGUACCAUCAAAUGCACACCAGGCUUCUGGACACACUGAACUUAAUAAACGACCAGAUACCUUGAAAAGGGGGGCGACAGGCGAUGGUGAUUAUCAGGCACUUUUAAAGGAGGAUGGUGGAUACGUAAUACCGGCUUCAGAGGAACCACAACACGAAACACCAUGCCAAAAUGAAAACUGUGAAGAGCCCAAAUUAUCGCCAGAAAAUCCUGUUUAUACUGAGCUUGAUGUGAACGGCAGAAAUACAACGGAAGACGGUAGCUAUCAGAAACUAGUAAAGCAAGACUCAGAUUAUGUUAUACCAGCUCAUAAGAGAAGAGAGUCGUACGAAGACAUAUGCGUCAAAAUGGGAAGAAACUUACCAGACUACACGGAGCUGGAUCAAAGCAAACGGGAAACUGAUAAUUACCAAAAGUUGGUGAAAACUGAACUUGUUGAAGGACGCGCACAUGGUGUGCACCACUGCACUUAAAGGGAAAUGGCAAUAAGAAUUAAGUUUGUAUAAUUUGAACGAACUUUUAGAACGAUAUAAUUAUGAAGACCCUUUACAAUUAUUUUCUAUCUUGCUUGGUAUUAGAAAUAUUUUGAUCAGAAACAGUAUUGCGCCAUCUUGCGUUUAUUUUUGACCUAUAAUUAGUGUAGUUUUGGUGACUUUCAAAUUAAUUACAAUAGAUGCAAUGGAAGUGUUGAUAAAAUAUUGCACCAAUUCCUUUCCUCAAGUUGAUCAAUUCAUUUGAUAGCAAAUUGUUCAACUUCCUGUUAUAUUUUAGAUGAGCCAAUUAGAUUGCGUUUCAGAACCGAUUGACCAAUAGCAAACGAUCUCACUGAGGAAAUGAAUUCAUGCAAUAUUUUAUCAACACUUCCAUUGCAUCGACAGUAAUUAACUGUCAGUUUUGGUCACUUUCAAAGUAAUAAAAGAUUGCUGCAGGUUUAUUAUAUAAACUUGUGCGUUUUUGCGCGUGUAGAUUGAACGCAUCUGAUUGGUUAAUCCGCUAAUGGUAGCGAAAGUAAAAUCCGAACCUCAAUUUACGAUCAAUAAUAGAUAUUAGUAUAAAUUUUGCAUAUCAAAUGAGUGUUCUGAAACUUAUUUAAAACUUAUUUAAAACUCCGAAACAUUCACUUCAAACAAAUAGCAAAAACUAUCCCGACUUUUGGGGAAAACCUUGCUGUGGUAUUCUUUAAAAUCCAUUUCAUUUUGUAUGCUAUAGAUUUCCCAAUUUAUACGAUACUAUUUCUUUCGAUAUGUCAUGUUUUCAAUGUGCUGUAUGGCGUUCUGACCGCUGUAUUGUGUUUUCGAAACUUGUAAAGUAAAAAGUGUUAUUAAAACUUUUUUUCGAACGAUAUAGUUUUACAUUUCACUUUACCAAAUUCCUCAGCCAUUUCCUGAAGAAAUUAAUUUUUAAUUCUAUUAAAGUCUGGUGAAAGAGUCAUUCCGUUAUUGUGUUUAUAUUCCAAGCAGAAAUCGAGAAAAACAACUCUGUAAUAAAGCAAUAAAGUCACACAACUACACAAGAAGCCAUUUUGAAAGCGUAUGCGUACAAGAAAAACUGCAAGUCUGCAACACUAUUAAUAGUGCGCCGGCCGAAAACAGUUUCAUUUCUGAAAUUUAAUUGAUAUUCGGAUAUUUUGUUUUAUUCCGAUUAAAAAUUUAUACUAAAACAAUUAUUCGCCCCAGGCUCAGUGAUUACGGUGAAUAUUCACCUCGACUUCGUCCCGGUAAUCACUUCGCCUUCGGCGAGUAAUUGUUAAAUAUUUACAGGAAUAGGGCUAGGAAUUUUCUAGAAACCAUGUGGUUUUAUAUAAGGUUCCUAGGUUAUGAAUUAAAACUGGUUAAUAAAAUAAAUAAGAGAAAAAAGAUAGAGGAAUGUAUAAAUAGUAAUGAAUAUAAGUGAAAUUUAAAAAUAAGUUCUGAAGUGGAAUAAAAUAAGUUUCAAGAAAAAAAUGUAGAACAUAUAGUCAUAAUUUACUGCCAACAUGAUUUUGUUUACUUGAAUCUAAAUAAAAAAGUACUUUUUUGUUGUUUUAUACUUCGAAAGGGGUUGUGUUGAGAUAUUUUUCCACACAGAUCCCAAGUUCUACACAAAAUGAAUAGUUAUAAAUAAAUUUGUACAGCUCUGGAAAUAUUAAUGUGCAGUAGUGACCACAAAAUUGAGCGUCUUGUAGGAAUUUUAAAAAAUUCUUUAAAAUAAAUAAUUAAAUAGAAAAUAAAUUUGUAAUGCAAAAUACAUGACUUUAAAUUCACACGCCCCCCACCCCCCCCCGAGUGAAAAAGCGCCUCUUCUGUACAGCAGUAUAUCAUUUUGCAUAAAAAAUGGCGGCCUUGAAAACGUUAAAAUUACAAAUGAAAAUGCAUUCUUUUUAGCGAUUCUUUUUGAAUUCCAAGCCAGCACGACGCGAGAAAUGGCUUGUUUAAAAGCGAAAGCUAAAGAAAAGUAUCUGCAGUAUAUUUUCAACGAAUACAGGCGAUUUUUAUCGUGGAAAUACUUCGUAAUUAUUGUCAAAUCAAUUCUUGACAACAAAAUUGUUAGUAGUGCUCGAUGUAGCGCUUUCACUUCAUUCACUGCUUUGUAUAAAAUUGUUGAAAGAAAGCUAGAAGGGUAAAGUGUUUUGUAUGAAGGACCUGCUGGUUAGGUCUAAAAAUGUAUAGAAAUUUAUGUUCAAAAAUUCCAGCUGAUCUACAAAAGCCCUACUCUAUAAAUAGUUCUAGAUAUCGAACAGCCAAAAUAUCGAUAUCUAUCCAUAUACCUUCUACUAGCAUAUCACUCUGAAUGUAUCACUCAAUUCCAGCAGUGCCCAUCCCCCCCCCGGGCCAACCCCCCCCCCCCCCUAGGAAAUUAACGAUGCACUUUAUUAACGAGUUUGGGUAAUGGUCGAGUGUCGAGGGUCGAGGGUCAUAGGUCGAGGUUCGAGGGUCAUAGGUCGAGGGUCAUAGGUCGAAAGUCGAGGUUAAGGGUCGAAAGUCGAGGGUCAAAGUCGAGGGUCAAAAGUCGAGGGUCAAAAGUCGAGGGUCGAAAGUCGAAAUUCAAGAGUCGAAAAUGGGAAAUAUUAAUUUUUUAUUACAGGUAAUACAUUUCUAGAAUACUACAUUUUUGGCAUUUGUUGUCAAAAUUUUAAAGGUUCUCCUGAUAACUAACUUCAUUACUGUUAGUCCAGAACAUGCCUUAAGGCAUAAUUAGGUUCCUUUUUGUUUUUUUGAGAAAGUGUAUAAAAUUACUAAAACUAUUCGAGAACGGCUUUUUAUACAACCUGCUCCAGGAUUUUACUUGUGAUAUUUUCUUUUCUUUGACAAGAAAAACUGUGUCGGUUUGUCAGACAGAUUCUCUUCCACAAAGGAAAGGACACUUUCCCAAAAUAAAUUGAUUGCUAAAUUGAGUGAAUUCAAUUAUCAUAAUGACAUUUCUAUUACUGCUCUGUUAACUGUUGUUAAUAUGUUUUGCUAGCAUUUUGUCCCAAUUUGAAUGUUGGGAAAGUGUCCAAACAUCGAUAACCGCCGAUAAACUGGCUGACUGGGUGGUAAAUCGGGUCGGAAUUUAUCGGUUUGGUAAAUUUGAUUUUUGUUGAUCGGCUCAUCCCUAAUAUUGACUCUAUAGUUCAGUUGGUUAGAGUGUUGCACCUUUCGAAAGGGUCUGUAGUUGCAUUUUUUACGAAUUGUUGUUAAAUAUUAUUCCAUGUCGCAUUGCCUUUAUGGGAAAAGUGGGAGCGAGCGUGUUUAUCCACGUUUGAUGUCAUAUGAGAAAGGUCUAUUAAUUAAUUGCAUGGUUGUACUUUAUCUUAGAGUUUAUGAAAUGGACACGAAGCGUUUCACUAAAGAAUUCUCCGAAACAAAGAGAACCGCAAAGGAAUUUACAUUCGAUGCUAUAUAUGUCUGGAAGUAA